UGUGCGUUGUUACUAAGUAUGCCCAAACGUGCAACUUAAGUGGAUUUUUCAUGUAAGUAGUUUAUCUAAUCCCCAAAUCCGUAACUACCUAUAUACUAUGUAAUGCAUAUAUAAGAACCGUGAAAAGAUGUCUUCUCUCCUCUCUAUAUCACCAUUCUCGUCGCGGAUAGCCUUACCGUCACGGAGCCCAAUAAUAAGAUCUACCAAGACAAUAUGCGCCCAAUGCCGACGUUCCUUCGCCGCGAACGCGAUCCUCGCGAGCGGCCACAGCAAGUGGUCCAAGAUCAAGCAUGAUAAGGCGGCCGCCGACCAGAAGAAGAAUACGCAGCGCAGCGGCUUCGCGAAGCAAUUGACCGUGCUUUCGAAAAUGUACGGUCCGGACCCGAAUAUGAACCCGCAGCUCGCAUCGAUCAUAUCACAAGCUAAGAAAGUGGGCAUGCCCAAAGCCGGGAUCGACAUAGCCAUUGCGCGAGGCCAGGGCAAGACGGAGACGGGCGCGGGCCUCGAGACGGCCACGCUCGAGGUCAUGAUGGCGCCGGUGGCCAUGGUCAUCGACAUCGAGUCGGACAACAAGCAGCGCUCGCUCAAGGACCUGCGGCCCAUGGUCAAGAAGCUCGGCGCGACAGUGACGCCGACGGCGUUCCUGUUCACGAGGCAAGGGCGCGCCGUCCUGGGACGCGGCGAUGAUGAUCCCGACGGCGCGAAUCCUGCUAUCAAGAUGGAACGAGAGAAGGCGGAUUUCGACGAUCUCAUGAUGCAGGCAUUAGAGGCUGGUGCGGAAGACGUCGAGGCUGAUGGUGAGGGGAAUGUCGUGCUGUGGACGCAGCCGAAUAUGACGCAGAAGGUCGCGCAGGAUUUCGCAAGGACGUCGGGACUGCGCAUCCUGAGCUCGGACAUCAUCUGGUCGUGCGCCUCCGAUAAAGCACGCGUCGACGAUCCCGAGGCCGCGACGACGCUGGCGAAGCUCCUGGCUGCGAUCCGGGAAUACCCCGACGUGCAGGCCGUGUAUACCAAUGCCGAGAGAGGCGAUGUCUCGGAGGAGGUGUGGAGCGCUGUUGAGGAGGCGCUUGAUUCGUGAUGGAGUUGCGUUGCGUUGCGUUGCGUGCGUGCGUGUGAUUAUUUUGGUAUUGUACAUUAGAUUGGUACGAAAUGGAGAUAUGAACUCUUGUAUAUAUACAAUUUUGGCCC